AUGGAUAUCAUCCAUAAGCACGAGUAUCGCGUUCGCGAUCUCACCACCCGAUCCGUGACUCUAUUCCCCACUCGGGCCCAGGUGGUACGAGAUAUCAAAGACGUGCCCUUGAAGCCAGGAGCAAACCAAAUCACUAUACUCGGCCUCACACCUACGAUUGAUGAAGAUUCAAUCAAGGUCGAGGGCACUGGCUCGGCCGUCAUCUCCGACAUAACCGUCGAACUGCUGCCUAAUCGCGACAUCUUCCAAGAGAUCUACCCCGACUCCGACUCGGAAGAUGACUCGGAAGAGGAGUCUGAUUCUGACAAGGAAGACAAUAUCGAAGACAGUGCAGAGCUCAAGGCAAUAAGGGACAAGCUGACUGCCCUUCGGGAUGACCUGAAACGCGCCAAAGAGACGAUCUCGAGCGCAGAAAGUCGACUGAAGUUCCUGGACUCGUACGGCAAGAUGCUCGAUAAGAAGAAGGGGGUCAACAUCAGCGAGGGCGUCGACACCUACCGAACAGAGCGCCAGAAGGUCUUCGACGACCACAUGGAAGGCCUGGUUCGAGAACGCGACCUCGACAAGGAUAUUACGGAGCUUGUGAAGGAGGAAAGGCGCCUCCUCAAGGCAAGGCUCAAGGAGCAGCAGAAGGCCGAGAAGGCCAAGGCCAAGGCGCAGAAAGCAAAAGACAAGGAAAAGGAGAAGAAGCGGCGCCGAGAAGAGGAGCGCCAGAAGGAGAAAACUCGCAUCCGCAAGGAGCGCGAACAGUUCUGGCCACGAUCCUGCUAUUCCGUGCGCAUCACGCUAGACGCUGCGAGCUUUACUCCCAUGUCGUCGCGCCGAAGCUCCUUUGCGAGCGUGACCGACCUUGUUAAGGUCCCUGAGCCAGAUAAGAGCAACGGGGAGCCUGCAGUUGUCGACGAGGCCAGCCCGACCUGUGACUUGUCGCUCUCAUAUGUCACGUCGUCUGCGUUCUGGUCGCCAUCCUAUGAUCUCCAGCUCUCCACCACAACAAACACUGGCCUCCUAUUCUUUGAUGCCCAGUUAACGAACAUGACAUGCGAAACAUGGUCGAAUUGUAAGGUCAUUCUCUCCACUUCGCAGACAUCUUUCUCCGGCCUGAACGAUGCCAUUCCCACUCUGGAACCCUGGCGAGUGAAGCUGGGCGGCAAGAACUUGCCGUCAAUGAGCUCCUCUAUGAGCAACAACGUCAUGGUCAGCCGGCAGGAGCUUGCGGAGAAGAGCAAAUGGACCCAGAAUCAAGCUCAAGCCUUCGCUCAUAAACCUCGCGCACAAUUAUUUGGUGUGUCGAAAGAGGGCAACCAAGAAUACAGCAAGAAGCAUUCGAGCAUGUUGGCCUCAAUCCCUCCACCACCGCCGCCUAUCGCCCCGGCGCCGGCGGCAGGUGGGCUUUUCGGCGCACCUCAGGCCUCGUCUGCAUUCGGUGCAACGCGAGGCGAAGCAGCAGGAGGUGGCGGGGCUUUGUUUGGCAGCAAUACCAACAAUAUGGUCCCAUUGCCAGCCGCACUGCAAAGACGGGUUCGACUUCCUGCACCCCAUCAAGCUACUGAUGAAAGGCUUGCGGAGCAGGUAGAGAUGGUCUUUAGAGACGAGGCUCCCGGCGGGGCGGUGUCCGACGAUGAUGGUGAGACUAUGUUGGAGCCAACACCGGAGCUAGCCUUCCAGGAAUCUGCCAUGGAAGAGACAGGUCUUACCACAACAUAUGAUCUACCUGGCCUCAAGACUCUAAGCCCUACACCCACAGCUUCGAAGCAGCGUGUAGCUCGUAUCUCAUUCAGCAGUGUCACGUUCAGCCAUACUAUUAUCGCCAAAUACAAGCCUGUCGCCUUCCUGAAAGCCAAGCUCCGUAACGCCAGCAAGUUAACCUUACUCAAGGGCCCUGCUGGCCUAACUCUAGAUGGCUCUUUCAUGGGCCGAUCUUCACUACCACGCUGCAGUGCUGGAGACACCUUCACCAUGAGUCUCGGCGUCGACCCCGCGAUCAAGGUCACGUACCCGAAGCCGGACGUCAAGCGCAGCACAACUGGCCUCUUCUCCAAGGAGGACAGUAGCAUCUACACGCGCACCGCCACCAUCACAAACACUCGGGCCACGGCCGGCAAGCCCGUCAAUCUGCUGGUCCUGGACCAGGUGCCCGUCAGCGAGGACGAGAGACUGCGCAUCGACAUCAUCCACCCGCGGGGCAUGACCGUCGGCGGCCAGGCCGUAAACACGGGCGUUGCCGGGCGGGAGAGCGCAGGCGGAAAGGAGGACAAGGCGUGGGGCAAGGCAACUGCGGCGCUGAAGAAAGGCGGCGAGAUUUCCUGGGAUGUGUCUCUCAAUGCCGGCAAGAGCGUCAAGCUCAACCUCGAGUACGAGGUGGCGCUGCCCACGGGCGACCAUGUCAUCCAGGUUUGA